GAGGGCAUCAUUUCUACUUUCUUAUUACUGUUCUCAAAUGUCUUUCAGCUCCAAGCCCGUCUUUAAUGUGAUGGCUCACCUAUCUUUCCACCCUAAGGAGAUAAGCACAGAGAAACUUGACUGUCAGAGUGCAGAAGGAAAUUUACUUAUGGUUACCUUAACAGCCUGUUUUGAAAUGGUCGAAGCAACAAAGAGCAAACAAGGAGAUGUGAGCUCUGGACUGAACAUCACAUACAUGCUCGCCGUGGACCCAAUGAGACAAAAACAUCGAGGUUUCUUCAGUCAAACUGAUACGAAAACCAGGAGUCUUACCUCUACCUAUGAGCUGAAAGAUAAAAUGACUUGCUUAAACUUCUCCAUCUACAUGCCCAAAUGUGUGAUCGACACAUUGUCACCGAUCAGCAUCAAAUUAAACUUUUCUCAAGCUGACAGUGAGACUGCUAACAUCACCCUGAACAUGGACAGCAAAAAGCAGUCUGCUGUUGAGGUACGUUCUACAUACAACAUCAAUAUUCACAAUAUUGACAAAGCUGCAUCUACACAGCAAAUCUCCAGU